GCAUGUCAGGUAUUAACAGAGCGAGUGAGAUUAAAUGUGGGAGGUAGUAGCUGUGAGGCUGGCGGAGAGCGCUGCUGCCGCUGCGAGCUGGAAACUACUGAAUGGGAAUCUAUCCGGCAACUUCACCAGACCGCUGUCUCACGGCGACACGGGGACUCUGCGUAAAACCAAGCGGCGCGUCUCUAAGUCUGGGUCAGCCCAACUCACACACGAAGAGGACGCUCAAGUUGGAUCGAGAGAGCAGCUUUUCACUUGUUACCGGCGCUCGACUCCCACUAACAUGCCUGCCAUCAAAAAGGAGCGGCUGGAUGGAGACGACAUGGCAUUGACCGCGUUCAACCAGUCCGAAUACCUGGCCCCUUUAAAUGCCGCCGCCAUCCCCGUGGUGACCCCGCAUCCGCCGCCCUACGACCACAUUUUCGCCCAUCACCGCGCGUACUUGGGGCUCCAUGACUCGGCGCUGCAUCACCAGCACCUUCACCAUCACACGGACGACUUAAUGCUGGAGAGAUUUUCUUCCAUCCCCGACUUUCAGCCCUUUUUCGACAACGGAGAGCCAUGCAUCGAGGUGGAGUGCGGAGAAAACAAGGCUUUGCUUUAUAUUAACAAACUGUGUCAAGGCAGUAAGGGACCUUCAAUUAAAUACAGGGGCGAGUGGCUCACCCCCAACGAGUUCCAGUUUGUCAGCGGACGAGAAACUGCCAAAGAUUGGAAACGGAGUAUUAGACACAAAGGAAAAAGUCUCAAGACGCUUAUGUCCAAAGGAAUCUUACAGGUGCAUCCUCCAAUCUGUGAUUGUCCGGGUUGCAGAAUUUCAUCUCCAGUGAACCGCGGGCGCUUGGCAGAGAAACGCACCAUCCCCCUUCCACCUAACCGGGUUCCCAAGAAGGAGCUGGCCUCCAUCUUCAGCAGUGACGACAGCGAAGGCAGUGAGCGGGCCAGCGGGGAUCAUGCCCACAUCAAGCAGGAGGACGAGUUGCAUUACAGUAUCAUGAGAAAAAGUCGUGACAGUGACCUUUCCACAAUUAUCUCCAACCUGCACCACACCAGACAGCACGGCAUGCCCGACGGCCAGUCAGCUUCUGACCACAGCACCAGUACUGGACACACAGAUGACCUUCUAGGCAAAAGGAGAAGCUUCUCUCCAAACAGCAGCAGCGAGUGUCCCUCUGACAGCAAGAAAUCACGCAGUGUAUCUCCAAAAGAAAACUCCCAGAGCCCGGUAGUGGAGGCAGGCGGCAGCCACGGCCACGGCCACAUGAGCCCUGAGGAGCAUUACAGGCGAAUGAUGUCAGCGCUCAGCGAGCAGGGGUCCUUUGAGGAGCAGCAGCAACGCCUCUACCAGCUAGCAAGCAGUAUGGGUCUGCCUGGCCAUGACAUGCUGCGUGCUCGUCAAGAAGCAUUGGCUGCAGUGGUGAGGAAUCCAGCAGCUUUAGAAGCUCACCUGCCCACAGCAGGCAGCUCUUCAUCAUCCAGCCAGAGACGCAAGCAGGGUCUGCCGCAGCAUCGGGACGCACAUUACACCGACAGAGAACUGACCCAUCCUCCACCCCUCCUUUCUCCGCCAACUGCUCCUCACAUUGCCUUAGGACCUCACCUGCGGCCUCCAUUCUUGGGCAUGCCCUCUGCUCUUUGCCAGGCCCCAGGUUAUGGUUUCCUCCAACCAGCUCAAGCCGAGCUCAUUGCCCGACAACAGGAGCUCUUGAGGAAGCAGAAUCUGGCUAGACUUGAGAUGUCCGCAGAGCUGCUGAGACAGAAGGAGUUGGAGACUCUCCACCACCGACAGCAGCAGCAGCGUCUCCUGGGCUCAGACCCUCUGGGGGCUCUGCCUCCUGGCCUGCCCCCUGACCAUCCAGCCCUGCGAAGUCUCCACGACAUCCCAGAGGGACAUCCUCUUCGUGAGGAACUGGCCCGCCGCUCAAAUGCAAUGUUGGUGCUUCGCCAUGGGGCUGCCACACCCCUCUUAGCCCUCAACCAGCAGCAGCAACAAUCAGUGGCGCCCUCCACACCCAAAGAUACCCAGGUGCAGAGCUCCACUGCUGGACCAGACGGUGAAUCUAGAAAAGCUGCUCGCAGGGAACCCCAGACACAGCUCCGUGCUGGGGAUCACAGAGGAGGGAGAGAGGACAGAGGAAGGGAGGGAGAUGUGGAGGUGCACGACGAGGAGAUGAAGAACUCAGACAGUGAGACAGAGACUUGCGAAGACAGACGGGAGGGCGCCCGUGCAAAGACAAGCAGUAAACACAGGGACAGGGAGAGAAGCAGGGGCAAAGAGACUGGGAGCAAAGGAGGAUGUGAUGGUGCCAAGGAGACAGGAGAGAGCUCAGGCAGACUGAGCGCUCCUUGUAGUUCAGCAGGUACAGAGUCACCCAGUCGCCACCUUUUCACCCCUGGAAUGGGCAAGGCUGAUCUCAAAUACCACCUUCCGCCAGGGUUCAUCCCUCCGCUGCCUGCUCUUCACGCCCAGUCACUGCCCUUUGGAUUCCCCUACGCCAGCCCUUACUUUCACACGGGCUCUUUGGGAGGUCUUUUCAUGGAUGGGGAGGACUCAGCCACAGCCAACCCUGUGGAGGACAUCAGCAAGUGGAGUGUGGAGGAUGUGUGCGGCUUCAUAAGCAGCCUGGCUGGAUGUGCGGAAUACACACAGGUGUUUCGGGAGCAGGCCAUUGAUGGAGAGACAUUACCGAUGCUCACUGAGGAGCACCUGCUCAACACCAUGGGACUAAAGCUGGGGCCUGCGCUCAAGAUCCGCUCACAGGUGGCACGUCGUGUUGGCAGGCUUUUCUACAUGACAGGAUUUCCACUGGCAUUCCCGUUUACACCUUCUGCUGGCCUGCGCCCUCCCGAGCGGGAUCGAGACCCCCUGCCCCUCUCUCUGUCUCUCCUGCAUCGACCCACUUCCACCAGCAGCAGCUCCUCUCCAUAUAGUGGCCCCACCCCAGGAUGCUCCUCCCCCAAACAGGAAAAUGGUAAUGGCUCUGCAGUGGUGGGAAGAUACGAGGCCAAAACUCCCUCAUAGGAGUGAACAGUGCGCUGGGGGGUGAGAGGGGCAGACCUGUGUCAUCCAUGGGCCUAAGAAGGGUCACUUGAAAACCCUUCCUCACCUUGAGAACUUUAAUUUUAAAUUUAAGAGAAAAUAUUGGACUGGAAUAAGAAACUAUUGGACAGUCUCUGCAGUAGCUGGAGCUGAGCAGAAUCCAAAGAAACUGAGUUGGAAGGGAGAACCGUGAACUGAUAAAAGAACAGAGAAGGAGAAAAAGGAGGAGACAGCUGGUCACAGACUGCCUGCCAAAAAAAAGGAACAGAGUCCUGCCACAAAUGCAACAUUCUUGCAAGUCAGAGAGACGCUGGCGGAAACUCUUCUUUCCUUCCUAGGCAGGAGGAAACUCUUCUCAAUUACUUUCUUUCUCUCGUCUCCAUCUCUAACUGUGCUCACCACAAGCCCUACAGAGCCUAGACAUUAAAGAGGGACGCCUCUCCCCUCUUUUCUUUCCCUCCCUUCCUUCUUCUCGACUAUUUCCCCAAGACCAAACGGUAGCGUGGCGCUGUCUUUAUACAAGCUGGAGUUGAAAAACAUGCUGAGCAGCACUAGAUCUGACCAGCUCUUUCUUAUAUCACUGCAACUAUGCAUUCCACUGUCCUGAUACCAAAGAUGACCGGAUGUGUGGAAUUGGAACCAUGUUUCACAAUGUGUCCGUUUCUUUUUGCAUUAAUGGUUUCAGAGAAAGACUGGUCCAACAGGGAAAUGACAGGCUAGUGCCUCACACAAUGGACUCGUAUUUGAGAUGACACAGGUAGAGUGGUCAUUUACUGACAUACAAAAAGCUGUACAACUAUCAGAAAUGGGGGGGGGGGGGGGGGGGGGGCUUCUCAUUGUAUACUUGUGUUGACUACUGUGGGAGGUAGGGCAAACAUGCUAAAUUGUACAGAAUCACGCUUAAGAUGAAAAUAUUCUGAUGGUUACAUACGUGGUACGUUCACUUUUUGUUUAAUGUAGUUGCACGAAUAAGGAUUUCUUUACUGAAAAAUGUGACUUGCUGAACUUUGGUGGUACUUUUGUUCAUAAUUUUUUAAAAAAGUGUAAUAUUAAAAAGAAGACGCUUCAAUCUCAAAUGCUACUCCAGCAUAUAAAUAUGAGGACAAAAAUAUUUAUAGGACUUUUGAUGUAGUAGAUAAAGCAGAUUAUGAUAUGUAUUGAAUUUAGCCCUUAACUCGAUUCCAAAGAUACUUUCACUUUGUUUUCUCUUGGUUGCAGGGAAAAGAAAAGGCACAAAGCUCUUAAUGCAAAUGUUUUGAAUUUGUUAUAGAUUUUUUUCUUUAAACUACAUAAGCAAUGAAUUAAAAAUGGUCUAGAUUUCCCUUCAAAGUUUUGUCUUCAUCCUAUUUUUCUAUUCACCACACAGGUGAAAUAAAUCCUAAAGAAAUAA